GCACUCCCCGACUCGUCCCUCUCACUCUGCUCCAUUCACUCCCCUCGCCUCGCAGCCGCUGCCGCCACGCUCCUCUCAGCUCUCGCCUCUCCCCCCGCCUCUCCGCCGUUGCCGCCGCGGGGCUCCUCUCAGCUCUCGCCUCUCUCCUUUCCCCUUGCUGUGUCGCCUCCCCUCGGCGCCGCCGCCUCGCCUUGCCUCGGGUCUCCGUUCCACCUAAUUUUUUUUUAACUUUUUGCUCCAAGCCAGCGACGAAUCCCCGGAUCUGGCGUCAGCGAGGAAGGAUAUGGUGGCUGCGAGGACGUACACGCCGGAUCCGGGCCAGCACAACCACCAGAUGGGGGCUGCGGCGGCUGGACACCUUCGAGGUGCUGCCGCGGGCAGGAGAAUAUCGCUGCAGCACCCUUCGCCGCUGCCAAGCUCCUGGCGCUGGUGGACGCGAGACCCUAAGUUGCCGUCCACCACGAGGUGCUGCUACGGGUAGGAGGAGCUGCUGCCGCACACCACUAAGUGAUGCUACGGGCAGGCGGAGGUGUGACCACGACGACGUACCAGACAAGAACAAACAAACAAAAUGCAUUUGAAGUGGCGUGUCGUGGCCGUGCUGGGAUGGUCGAUCGAUACCGCGCCGAUCCGGUUCGACGGGGUCGUCGAUGACGUGCUGUGGGAACAGGAGACCGGGCUCUGGUCCCGGCAGUCCGGGGCAUGCUGCUGCUCGUGCAGCAGAAUGACGGCCGCAUCGGCGCGUCCGGGGAGAGUUGCGUCGACCUGGUGGGCAGGUGAAUUCGUUCGACGGCGUGCAAGAGUUCUUCGCCCAAUUCCACUACCCCAACGCACAGAGAGGCGCAGUGAAUGAGAAUGUUGGCUUAGAAAUUCAGAACAUCCAAGAAGUGGUCGGGGGACUGGUUUUGUUAAGUGAACACGGUACAAAGUUAGUUCGGUUUAUGAUUUGGACGUGGUUUAAUGUCAUGAACCAUCUGUUUUGUUUUUGUAAUAUCUUUUUUUCCUAUCUAACAAGAGGUUGUUAUUGUUCAUUGCCCUGCAUUGGAUGGUUAUGCAGUAAGCCAGUAAGAUGCUUCUGUGAACAAGCAAACAUUGAUGUUUAGAUCCUUUACAACAGUACAUGUAAAUAUCAUUUCACUUAUUUGAAAUUCCACACACCCAGUUCAUAUAUAUGAGGGUAUCUUGAGAAGAUCAGUUCUGCCACUGUUGUUGUUGGAGACAGAAUUGAACGAGCUCUUCCUUUGUAUCAUCUUUCUUAUAUUGAUUAGUGAAUAGUUGUUGCUGCUUUUAGCCCUCGUUUUCGUGAGAACUUGUUCAGAGUGUAGAAAAGAAAAUUAUGUGGCUAUAGAAGCAUAUAUGCCAUUCAGUAAAACAUCAAAGAAAAAUAACUUUGAAAUCUAUAUAUUUAUUGACUGUGCACCUAUUCCAUCUUCCAAGUAACUUCUGUGGGGUCAUCCUGAUCAGAAGUUUAUCCACCUAAAGAAAAAUUAAUUUUAUCCGAACUUCAUUUCAUUUAUUAUGUUCUCUCACAUUUUUUCAUUGUAUUUAUACAUGAGGAUUUUUUUGUUUCUCUUGUUUAUUUUGAAAGUGAGUACCAGUUUUGAAUAGGCAUUAUCUUUGACCAUUUGAUAGUGAGUUGAAAGAAUAUUUUCUCAUUUCCAAGUUCCUCGCUACCCCCUCUCAUGUUUGAAGAUUAUUCUAUUCCUUUUGUGAAUUCUCUUCAUGUCCUGAAGAGGAGGUUUCUGCACCCUAUUAUGCUUCAUGUCCUUUAUUCAAAAAUUAGUUUGAUGCCUGGCUGAUUAGUGCUGAAUCAGAUCUAGCACAGAAUUACAUUUUACAGCACUACCAUUAUUUGUAUGUUUAUACAGUUGUUGAGUACCUUUGAUUGAAUCAGCAGAUUGUCUCGUCUACCCUUUGUGUAUUAGUUAUCCUUAUGGUGUUUUGAUUGAAUAGAAGCAGAUCAGGAGCCUUUGUUGUUGGUCCACUCUAAUCCCAACCCUUUGUAUGAUAUUUUUGUCAUCUAGAUUUUUAUAGAUGGUUAUGUUGUAUGUUCAUAUUCAUAUGUUGGCUCGGAGAUCCCUUUUGUGGCUUCUACUUUAUCAUGAAGAUUGUCGACAAGGAUUGAGAAGACAUAAUUGCUUACUAAUUAGAUUUCCAUAGAUGGUUAUGUUGUAUGUUCAUAUUCAUAUGUUGGCUCGCAGAUCCCUUUUCUGGCUUCUACUUUAUCAUGAAGAUUGUCGACAAGGAUUGAUAAUGUUAGAGUUAUAAUAUAAGUCAUGUACCCCUUUGUAUUUAUCCCGUUGUAUAAGGGGUUUCCUGCAUAUGUUCCACACCUGUACAUGUAUAUAUAUAUCGGCCUAUGGCCUCAUGGGAAUACAAGUUGCUUAUUUAUAACAUGGUAUCAGAGCUAGGUCAUUUUUUUUGCACGCUGCAACUCGUGCUAUUGAUCUCUUCUGGCUUAUCUCGUUCCCGAUCAAAGCCCUUCUCGAUCUCCCGGAGUCUCCCGAUUGGAUCGAUCUCGUCCGGCUCCUCGAUCUCCCGUUCGGAUCGCUCCCCAGCCGGCCCGAUCGUCACCAUCCCGCUCCUCGUUCUUCAGCUUGGAUUGAUCUCCAGCCGGCCUCGCUCCCCAGCCGGCCCGACCGUUCUCGUCUCGCUCGCAGUGGCAGGCUCGAUCCCAGCCGGCCCCAAUCGACGCAGCUCCCAGCCGGCCUGAUCCCAGCCGGCCUGAUCUGGUGUGGACACAGAUCCCAGCCGGCCUGCUCUCCUGCUCCCGGCCCCAAUCAACGCAGCUCCCGCCGGCCCUUGCCCCUGCGGUUCUUCAGCCGCCGACUGCCAGCUGCCCCUUGAUCGAUCUCUGCCCAAAAAAAACUGGUCUGCUGCAUCGGGCUAUGUUGUUGUUCCUCGCUGUCCAGUGAUCUUUGAUGGUACUAACUACACUGAGUUUACUGGCUUCAUGCGCAUUCACAUGCGUGGCAUCCGUCUUUGGGGUGUUCUUUCUGGCGAGGUCUGCUGUCCGCCACGUCCAGUUCCUCCGGUGGCCCCUACUCCGCCAACUCCAUCGGUUCUUCCUACGGAUGCUAAUCAGGCCACCAAGGAUGCGGCUAAGGUUGCUGAUGAGGCUGCUGAUCGUGCUUAUGAUGAGAGGGUUUUGGCUUAUGAGGAGGCUCUUCAGACGUAUCAUGGUGCUCUGUCUGUUUACACCCAGUGGCUUGAUGAUGAUGCUCGUGCUGCAGCUGUUCUCACUGCUAGUGUUCUGCCUCAGUUUGCUUCUGAAUUUCUGGGUCUUUCUACUGUCUUUGAGAUGUGGACCCGUCUUCGUGAGCGCUAUCAGCCCUCUGGUGAUGCCUUAUACCUCUCUGUGAUCCGUCAGGAGCAUGCUCUUCAGCAGGGUGACUCUUCUGUUGAUGACUUCUAUGCACAGAGUUCUGCUAUCUGGCGCCAGCUUGAUUCUCUUCGUAGUGCUGGGUGUCGUACCUGCCCCUGUUGCCAGGCUGUCCAGGCCAAUUUGGAGUUUCAUCGCGUCUAUGAGUUCUUGUCUCGGCUCCGUAAGGAGUUUGAGCCCCGGCGUGCUCAGUUGUUUGCUCGUGGCCGUAUUUCUCUCAUGGAGGCGCUUUCUGAGAUUCGUGCUGAGGAGACUCGCUUACGUGGUGCUGGUUUGCUGGAGGUUCCCUCUGUGCUUGCUACUCGUGCUCCUACGCCACUUGCUCCACCGACCCCUUCUCGCUCGAGUGCUCCGCCGCUCUUGCCCACUCCUUCUGGAGGCUCAGGUCGCCCCCAUCCACAUUGCGCCUAUUGCAACAAUGAUGGUCAUCUUGAGUCUCAGUGCUACACGAAGAAGAAACACUUGCGCAAGGCUCGAUCAUCAUCUUCCGGGACUUCGUCAUCUACCUCGACAGCUUCAGCCAUUGCUUUGACUGAGCAGGAUAUUCUGAGACUUAAGCGUCUGCUCGCGGCUUCAGGUUCUUCCUCGACGGGUACUGCCGGUUCUGUGACUGAUGCUUCCCGCACUGAGCAAUCACCCUCUACACAGUCAGGUACAUCCCCCUGGGUUCUGGACUCUGGAGCUUCUUUUCAUAUGUCUUCUCAUUCUUCCACUUUGUCCUCUCUUCGAUCACUGGAUUCUCCUAUUCAUGUCUUCACUGCUGAUGGUACUCCACUUUCUGUUGCUAGUAGAGGCAAUCUUACUACUCCUUAUUCUGUUCCUGAUGUUGCUCAUGUUCCUUGACUUACCAUGAAUUUGUUUUCUGCUGGUCAACUUACGGAUUCUGGUUGUCGCGUCAUCCUUGACGUUGACUCUUGUUCUGUCCAGGACCGUCACACGCACACUCUGGUUGGGGCUGGCCCUCGCCGCCGUGAUUCUCAGGGUCUUUGGGAGUUGGACUGGCUUCAUGUUCCUUCUGCUGCCACCACCAUCGCCAGUUCUUCCGCUUCUGUCGCCUCCGUCACUGGUUCCUUCCAGCAGUGGCAUCAUCGACUUGGUCAUCUGUGUGGUUCUCGGUUGUCUUCUUUAGUUCGUCGAGGUCUUCUGGGGUCUGUCUCAGGAGAUGUCUCUUUAGAGUGUCAGGGUUGUCAUCUUGGCAAGCAGAUUCAGUUACCAUAUUCACAUAGUGAGUCAGUGUCUAAGCGUCCUUUCGAUUUAGUCCAUUCUGAUGUAUGGGGUCCGGCCCCUUUCGCUUCGAAAGGUGGUCAUAAAUACUAUAUUAUUUUCAUAGAUGAUUUCUCUCGUUACACAUGGCUUUA